CCUUCUUCACUCUCCCUCCGAACUCUUCCCUCCUCAAUACCUUUCAUCCCACAACUCUCUCUUCAGGUACACCCCUACGCGGUCAUCGCGCGAUCUCUGAGGGUUCCACCCAAUCGGAGUCCUAGUAGAUUCUCACCGACAAGCGUCCUAUUCGACCUCGCCUCACCUUUCAUUCGCGCAAUCCCCGAGCUCGAUAGCUCGAACUCAUCAUUCACCGAGUACCUUCCACUUAUUCUACUCCCCUCCCAGUGAGCUUAACCGAAGUUCGCUGGCAAAAUGCCCGACGUCAAGAGGAAUGUCCGGCUGGUCACAGAACAGCAUGUUGUAAACAAAGAUUCGGGUGUUGAAGGGUUCCCCCUCCGGGCGUGGUCUAUUGAGAUUUACCUGGUCAAUGACCACGGAGAGCAAGUGCCGGCCAACGUCUUCGACAAGGUGACGUAUACACUUCAUCCUAGUUUCGGGGAUCGGUCCAUUCAAACCUUCAAGAACCCCCCAUUCAGGAUUUCAGAAGAAGGAUGGGGUGAAUUCGAUAUGCAAAUCACCCUUCACGCCGACAAGGAUCAUUACUUGACACACGACCUCAACUUUGCACAGACACGCUACGAGUCCAAGCACGUCAUCACAUUUAAAAACCCCAAGCCUGCCUUAUUGGCAACCCUUCGUGAAUCUGGCCCCAUUCCCGGAGACGAGAACGGUAUGAAAUCUAAGCGUUCCGCAGCUAGCGAAGAAGGAUCAAAGAAGAAGAAACGAACAGAGAAGAGUGUGGAUAUGGACAAGUUAGCCGACGGCCUCCAACGACUCGGAGAAGAUGAUCUUCUCCAAGUGGUGCAGAUGGUACACGACAACAAAGCCCCAGACUCGUACACCAAGAAUGACGUCGAACAGGGAGAGUUCCAUGUCGAUCUUUAUACCCUACCAGACACCCUGAUCAAGAUGCUGUGGGAUUUCACGCAAGAGAAGGGCGCUCUGUGAAUUGUUUUGGGGGAAGCAUUUUCCUUCUCCAUCUCCAUCUCCAUCUACCUGUUUGCAUCACUGUCGCUUUUUUCCUUUUAUCCUGGUCUGCUUCCUUUAUCUUCUUACCCCAACUGCUUUUUUGUAUUUCUGAUCAAUGGGCCGUACGAUGAAUGGGACAAGGCACCGGCCCUGACACAUCAAACGUAUUGAAAAAAAAAAAAAAAAAAAAA